AUGAACAGAGCCAGACCUCUGCUGCGCAACUUUAUGCAAAAGACCGGCAAAAAGCGUGGCCAUUUGGAUAAAGAAGCACGAAGUGAACUGUCGUCCUCAGCACCGGUGUCCCCAGUAUCCAGCUAUAAUUCUCCAACACCUCAAAUGGAAAGACCACUUCCGCCACCAGUCACCAUCUACAGGUCCACGAGAAGUCAAAAUUUGCGAAAUAAUUCACCCGUCCUUUACAACAGAGUCCCUUCCCCUUUCCAGUCCGACGUCAGCUAUUCAGCUCCAAGCAGUCCUAGAGGAAGGGCAAUUCACCUUGGGAAGCUUUCUUUGCUCAAACCUGCUUCGAAGGUGCUGAAGAAAGAGCGUGAUAUGGCAGUGGAUGACUACGCAAAACAACGUGACGAGUCUCACAGCCGCCAGCCUUGGGCAAGCAAUUUUAGCAGCAGCUGUGGCUUGCAAGGACACAGACGUCUGCCCCGUCGGGUUCCACCAUCGCCGCUCCAUCAGAAGCGAAGAUUGAAGCACUGCAAUGCCAAUCGAUUCAAUCAAAUUCACGAAAGUCCGAUGCAUCACAGGAUGAUUGGUAGAAAACAGGAUUUGCUCAGGCUGCUUGAAAAACUGGGACUAGAGAGUCUACACAAGUGUCUUGUUAAAAAUGGAUAUUCACGUGUGGACCAACUUGGUGGGAUAACGCGUCAGCGGCUUCUUGAUAUUGGAGUGUCAAACGCUGAAGUGAUUGCUAGCCUGCUCACGGCUGCACAACUGCUCACGGAUUCAACAACAGAAACACCAGUUUGUUAUAAUAACGAAGAAAGGCGAGUCUUGGGAAUCCAGCACCUAUCAGGACCCUUAAAAAUUGACCAUGUAUCCUUUGGUUCCAAAGCCUUCUACGCCAAUGAAGAUGCCAGGUUUGCGAAGUCCGCUGAGCAUUGUGAUCGUCGAAAGCUGUUUGAGACACCAAGGUCUAAGAUGAGGUCACUUGAAUCGUAA